GUCUAGUUUCAAUGCAAGAUACAUUGCAUGUGAAAUGGGAAACAAUUCAUUGUACUGGAAUCAAUUAAUAUUUCCCCACUUGCUGCAACUUUCAAUAAAAUGCCUUCCCUUUUCACAAUAACCAUUCCUUAACUUCUCUCCUUCUUCAUCCACCUUCCACUUCUCUCUCUUCUCUCUCUCUUCUUUUUGCCCUUACCUUAGGGUUUCUGCAAUUUCAUAGCUUCCACUAGCUCUCUCAUGCAUAAUUGCCCUCAAAACUCACUCAUCGCCAUCGCAGUCACCACCGUCGUUCUUUUUGCUCUCGUUCGAGGGUUCUUUCGUCGAGAACACUGCAGAUUUUGCCUCUCGAGGUUUUUUCAGCUGUGCCCAUGUCUAAAGUCCUCGGCUUUUCUGGAACUGAUGAUUUUUGCCCUGGGGGGACAAUAUACACAAACCCCAAGGAAGCAAGUUUCUUCCUGUCUCAUGGCCUUCCAGUUGAUGUAUACUUUCCUGCUCGGAAAAGGUCACGAAUCAGUGCUCCAUUUGUUUUCAGCAGAGAAUGGUUGGAGCAGAAGCAGGAGACAUCUAUUGAAACUUUGCCAGAUGAAUGCCUGUUUGAAAUCUUCAGGAAGUUGCCAGGUGAAGAUAGGAGUGCAUGUGCUUGCGUUUCCAAGCACUGGCUUAUGCUUCUAAGCAAUAUUUGCAAGACUGAAAUCUGUAGCAACAAAAAUGCAAGCUUAGAGAAUGAGAGUAAACAGGAAAAAGAUGAUGAAGAGUUUGGAGGUGAGGGAUACCUCUCUCGAAGCUUGGAAGGAAAGAAGGCAACUGAUAUUAGACUUGCUGCCAUUGCAGUUGGAACUGCAUCCCGAGGAGGAUUGGGGAAGCUUUCAAUCCGUGGAAGCAACUCAGGUCGUGGGGUGACUACUCUAGGUCUCAAAGCAGUUGCUCGUGGAUGCCCUUCUUUAAAGUCUCUUUCUUUAUGGAAUGUUUCUACUGUUAGUGAUGAAGGCCUAAUUGAGAUUGCUAAUAGUUGUCAACAGCUAGAGAAGCUUGACCUUUGCAAAUGCCCUACAAUUUCUGAUAAGUCUUUAAUUGCAGUUGCAAAGAACUGCCCGAAUCUCACUGAGUUAUCAAUAGAACUGUGUCCAAAAAUUGGCAAUGAAGGUCUACAAGCCAUUGGGAAGUGCUGCUCCAAUCUAAGGUCUAUAUCUAUCAAGGACUGCACUGGUGUUGGUGAUCAGGGAAUUGCUGGCCUGUUUUCUUCAACUUCUUUGGUUCUGUCAAAGGUGAAGCUUCAGGCACUGACUGUUUCUGAUCUCUCCAUAGCUGUUAUUGGGCAUUAUGGUAAAGCAGUUACAGAUCUUGUCCUUAAUUGCCUCCCAAAUGUCAGUGAGAGGGGGUUUUGGGUUAUGGGUAAUGGUAAUGGAUUGCACAAACUCAAGUCACUUACAAUUGCAUCCUGCAGAGGUGUAACAGAUGUUGGGAUUGAAGCUGUAGGAAAAGGUUGUCCAAAUCUGAAAAGUGUACACCUUCACAAGUGUGCCUUUCUGUCAGACAAUGGGUUGAUUUCAUUCACCAAGGCUGCUUCAUCACUUGAAAACCUACAGUUAGAAGAGUGCCACAGAAUUACCCAAUUUGGGUUUUUUGGUGUCCUUUUUAACUGUGGUGCAAAAUUGAAGGCUAUUUCUAUGGUAAGCUGCUAUGGGAUCAAAGAUCAAAACUUGGUGUUGUCACCCAUAUCUCCUUGUGAAUCACUUCGGUCACUGUCAAUCCGUCACUGCCCCGAAUUUGGCAAUGCUACCCUGUCUGUACUGGGAAAGCUAUGCCCUCAGCUUCAACAAAUUGAAUUGAGUGGACUCAAGGAAGUGACAGAUGCUGGGUUACUUCCACUGGUUGAGAGUUGUGAGGCUGGUCUGAUCAAAGUUAAUCUUCAUGGUUGCAUAAACCUUACAGACAAAAUUGUUUCAUACUUGGCUAAUCUUCAUGGUUGGACUCUUGAGGUUUUGAACGUCGACGGUUGUAAAAAUGUCAGUGAUGCUAGCUUGAUGGCAAUUGCAGAACAUUGCCAAUUACUUUGUGAUCUUGAUGUUUCCAACUGUGCAAUCACUGAUGCUGGGAUAGCAGCCUUAGCACAUGCAGAACAGUUGAAUUUGCAGAUUCUUUCUCUGUCAGGUUGCACUUUGGUUUCGGACAGGAGCUUGCCGUCUUUGAGAAAAUUGGGCCACACCCUUUUGGGACUUAAUAUCCAGCAUUGCAAUGCAAUCAGCAGCAGCACGGUUGACAUGCUUGUGGAAUUUCUCUGGAGGUGUGACAUUCUCUCAUGAGCGGGAAAUAUCCUCUUUCUGCUGCAAUUUAGGCCAGCAUCAGAACCUGCAGGAGGUUUAUAACACAAACGUCGAUUACGAUUAGCGGUACACAGUAGUUUUUGGCUCCAUUUACUGGUCUUGAUCAUUCAGCGAUUCGGCUCCCUUUUUCCAGAGUAUGCAGUCAUUUAACCUUUUAUUUUUGCAGUUUCCUGUAUUGGGAAUCUGUUCAAAGUUUUUUUGGCAUCUUGGUUUGAGUUGCCACCUACUAAAUGGCUGUAUAUCUUGGAGAACAUAGCUGCCGGGUUCUGGAGUAGGGAAUCUUUCUUACUAGUGUUGGCAUCUGAUGUUUUUUAUGUUCGCUUUGUAUCGGUUUUGCCACCAUGUGUCCUAGUUUCUGUGUAUGUUUUUACAGUUAUCUGUACCAGGUCUGUCUAUAGUUUACCAAAUAUGUCACGUCACGUCUUUGAACUCAGUUCUUGUCGUGAUGUUUGGGUCUCAGUUUUACUCUUAGGGCAGUGCCAGUUAUGUGCUGGUUUUAUAGGCUGGUUGCAGUUGGAAGUUCAGAGUUAUGAUGCCUUGUUUUCAGGGGCUUUGGUCCUGGCAGCAAGUUACACAGUUCUGCCAUGACAAUCUUCUCCCUCUUGGGAAGGAUUGUUUUUAUACCAAGCCCUAGUUUUUUCAGGCCUCAAUUUUUCAGAACUUGUCCCUGCAACUUGUAUCUUAUGUAUUGUUGUUGAUAUCUGCCCUUUGUACUGAAUGUUAUGUUAUGAGAAGUAAUGAAAUAAAAUUUGCAGUCUUAUUCCCAA